UUUCUAUUCAUAUUAUUAUGACACUGUAUGGAGUACAUUUAAAUAUUUGACACCGUAUUACAUGGAUUGUUCUUCUUAUUAGAAUAUUUAGAAACGGAUUAAGAAGGAUAUUAUCUAGAAUCCACAAUGUACCACGACACUCGGUCGGUAUAUUCCGACAUUCAUCUGCCAGAGAAAAACAACCUGGUAACACCACGGCCCAUCACUGACCUGGGCAUCCGUAGAGCUUUAAAGAAAGACGGAGAUCUCGCUAAACUUAAAGUUCCCCCACAGGAUGAGAAGAUACUGGGGCUCAUCACACAGAGAGGAGAGUUCGAAAAGAACUACUGGAAACAGCGGCUGAAGAACUCGAUAGCAUGGGACACGGAAAAGAAUGACAAGGACAACUUCCGGUUAGAGAAGCAGAAAAACCAUAAGGCUAAGGUUGAGAUUAUGAGAGAGGAGGAUCGACAGAUGGUCCAGCUGAAAAAGUUGAAUCGGGCAAAGAAACGGUUGAAAAAGAAGAACAGACUUUUGAAAGAGUUAGAAGAAUCAAACAACAAAACAGAGAACAAUCUGAGGAAGCAGCAUGAACUUCGGGAGAAGGAGAUACAAGAGAUGGUUAAGUGGGAAGACGAACACAAAGAAAAACAGGAAAAGAAUUGGUGGGAUCUGAACUCCAGAGAAUACGACCGGCGACUACAAGAGAAAGCAGAACAUGACAGAAAACGCUUACAAGCGGAGGAGAAACGAGAAACUAUCAUUCAUGAUGAGAUACAGCGAAUCGCUAGGGAAAACGAAGAAGAGAGGUUGUAUUACACAAAACGUCAUGUUGUGUACGAAAAGAAAGCAAAGGCUGGCCAGAAAGCUCUCGUAACGAAGAUAGAACGCAGACUGGAAACUGCUCAAUCCAACUACGAGACACACGUCAAGGAACGUCUCAAAGAAAUCAAGGACGACGUGGCAAAGGAAGAUGAACGAAUGAAGCACGCCCUGAAGGCUCACAGCAAACAGGAGAAACAGCAGCACAAGAGAAUGAUGAAGAUGCUGCAGAAAACACAGAAGGGUAUAGAGAAGGCUAAUGACACCCUGGCGAAAGCGUUCGAUUCCGUUUCUAAACAGAUUCAGACGGAAAGGGAGGAAAAGGAGAGAGAACAAAGAAAGAAUAUGAAAAAACUGCAGAAGGAUGCAAUGAGGUGGUCAAAGAAGGUCAACAAGGAGAUUAAAGACCGCGAGAGCAGAAUGAGUAUGGAACAGGAGAAACGCACUAAAAUCAUGGAAAAGACCAGACACGUAGCGCAUGACACUCGUAUUUUACGAAACAAGCUACUUGACAGGUAUGGAGCCGAAAAUUUCGACAAGAAAGUAAUACGAGUGGAGCGAUUUCACUCCCUUGGCACACGUCCUUCCACACAGGAUUGGAAUACUUCCAAUAUUAGCUUGCUUUGAGAACAGUUUUAAACAGUAGUUCGAUAUGACGACUUUUUCAUUAACUACUAUAAGUUUUUUAAUUAACAAAUAUCACCUUGCAUUGAGGACGAAUUAAAUACACAAUAGUCCAAUAUGAGGACUUACGAUACGCCUAUCAAUUUGCUUUUCUAAGUUCAACAGUAAAUAUAUAGGAAGGCGUAUGAAAAAUCAAUAAUAUUGCCGAUAGAUGUGAUUUUUCUGAAUGUUGAAAUAUACCUUAAUAUCAGUUUACUAUUCUCAUCAAGUAAUUUGCUAAAUUUAGAACUUCAGAAUUAGUCAUAAAUUACAUAACAGAGGUAGUUAAAUAUUUAGUAUUAUAUUAUCACUAUUGAUAUUAUAGUUCUUGCAUUUUAUUUCUUUUAAACAAUGAUAUAUUGUUUACUGAAGAUGCGUUCCAUGUAUUUUUCAAAUGCCCUAGAUUUAAUGAUAUUCAGUCAUAUGAUGUUAUACCAAAAUGCAACUCAACUUAAAUUACCCUCUUAAUCGUUUAAUAUGAUAAUAAACGUUUGUACUUUAUAGAUAAUAGAUCAUUUGUAAAUAUUCAUGUAUACAUGUGUGUUUUGUACUUUAAUUGUAUUGUAAUAUCUAUUAUGGG